UUGAAAUAUCCAUAACUCAAUACUUUCGUUUAGCUAUUCCAAGUAAUUCGUUUAAAAACAAUUUAGCGUGACGAAGAUUUCGAUAUUGCAAGAUAAUUCUUCUUUCAUUCAAUCUUUCGUUCGGUUCUCCAACGAAUGUAUACUAAAAAUUAUGGCAGACAGCGACUUUCGUACUAUCGUUGUAACCGGAAUCAACAAGAAUACAAGUAAAGAUACUUUAAACAACUACUUCUCAUCUCGAAGACGGGGUGGCGAUCUUGAUUACAUUGAAUACACACCACGAAGUGGAACAGCGGUGAUAAAGUUCUCGCAAACAGAAGGUGCAAAAAAUGCUCUGGAUUAUGCUCAGCAUCAAGUGGAUGAUUGUAUAUUGUCAGUUCGAGAAAAGACUAAGGAUAUAUUUGAAAAAAAGAAAGUACUCGUGAGAGAUGUUAAAGCAAGCACAUCCGAAGAUUGUCUUCGUUUUUAUAUGGAGAAAAUAUCUGAUGAGAUUGAGGUAUCACAAAUAAAGUAUGAGGCAGUGGACCAUAAUACCGUAAAUGCCAUAGUAACAUUUAAAGAAAAUAUUGAUUUCAAAACACUAAAUGAAAGGUUUAUGAAGAAACCUACGUUGGAAGACAAAGCAAUAACGCUUGAGAGAAUUCCAGAAUGCAGAACAAUAUUAGUAAGUAAUUUACCCCCUACAGCAACUUCAGACGCAGUUAUGUAUAAAUUUGAAAGCAAAAGAUCGGGUGGUGCCGAAGUUGAAACUGUUCACCUAGAUCAACAGAAGAGGAUUGCGUUGGUUAAGUUUAAAGACUACAACGUUGUAGACAAAGUUCUGUCAUUGGAUCAUGUCCUGGAUAGUUACAAAUUGUUUUUGGCGAAGUGUGAUGCACUUGGUGCUAUAAAUUUAAAAUCACGAGGAGAGGCUUCCACUGUCCACGCCAAUGAGCCCAUCAUAAAGAAACAAGACACUAAUGCCAUAGCUGCAGAAAUAGAUAGGGAUAUUUUUGAAUUCAUAAAAGAAAACAACGAAGAAAAAUUUAAACUUGCUUUGCAAAACCAGAAGUAUGAAACCAUUUUUCAGACGGACAAAGUUUUCAUCAAGUUUCAAAAUGAUAAGGACAAACAACAAUUUCUUGUAAAUGUCGAGGAAUUUAAAUACCAAAUAUUGCUGUUCGACCCAAUGAAAUUCACUACAGAGAAAGCUUGGCAAGAUGUAAAAUCUUUUAUGGCGCAGUUUAACGAUGUUCCUGGACCUAGCCGUUCAGUAUCAUUCGUAGUGUAUGAUGAGGGUUUUGUUAAGGUCGUAGGAAAAGACGUCCCUUCAUUUUACACUGCAUGUUCCAAACUUGAGAAAUGUAUUAGAAAAGCAGAAGAGAGAAACACUUUGAUAACGAGCCAAAUAGAUGUUUCAUCGAAUCAAGCCAAAUUAUUAAUUAUGUCCGAUGCAUUUAACAGGUACAAAGAUACUUGCACAAUUGAUGUGGAUAUACCAUCAGGAAAAAUAAUGGUUAAAGGAGAAGGUAGCGUGGUAGAAAAUAUGCAAUUUGAAAUUGGAAUUAUUGUAAGCAAGUUUGCCAAUCGUUUGCUGAGCGAAAGAAAAUUCUCGUUGCUAAGAAAUGAUUCAAACUGCAGUUACGUGCAAACAUUACUUUCCCAAGCCAAAAAGUGUGCCAUUGUUUACUCAAAUGAUAAACAACAAAUGGUGAUAUGUGCUGCUGAUCAGAAAGAGCUCGAGGAGGCAUAUGGCAUAAUAAACAGUAAUGUUGCGGUAAAAAUUUUGGGAGAAGGUUCACUGGCAUCUUCAGGUAUCUUGGUUGCGUUUGGUGAAGUUCCAUCUGUGGUAUCUAUGUUCGGUAGUGGUGCUGGCUCCGGGGUAUCAGUCUGUGUCGUCGGUCCUAGACGUGGUAAUGACGAUGUUGGUUUUCUGUUGGCUGGUGUCAAUUUGUUGGGAGUAAGGUUCUCCGUUGAGACUUUUCGUAUCAGCAGCAGAUCCGUAUCAAUAGUAUAUUUGGGUGACUGCUCUUGUACAGGCGUUUGUGUUGAGGCUACCAGUGGGGCCGAUAUUGUUCGUGAUGAGGCGUUUUACAGUUUUAACGGCAACCUCGGCGCGGCAAUUGGAGUGCGGGAAUGCAACGGAUGCGAGGCGGUGGUGUACCCCUUAUUGUUUGAGGAACUACCGUGUUUUGACGGCGGUGAAUUCUGGUCCGCCGUCAGUAGCGCAUUCGUCUGGGAUCGCAAAGGUGGUAAAGACGUGACGUAG